UCCCACCCACCCAGGUGCCAGCAGCAUCUGCUCAGUUUGGCUCGGCCUCGCUUUUCCUCCACUAUAAAAGUCCGGUCGCAAUUGCGACGGAGCAAUUGGAGCCCAGACGCGGAGCGUGGCGGAGCCGGCAGCCAAGUAGAAAAAUCGGAGUACCAAAGGCAGGAAUCGGACGCGAAGGCAAUUCCGUCCCCACUCCGCUACCCAAUAGGGAGCCACGAACCGCGAAGGGAGGAGAGGCGGAAAGGGGGGACGGGAAUAGUCGUCGUCGGCCAUGUCGUCGUCGUGGAACUCCGUGGGGCUGGCGGUCCUGUACCAGGUGCUGGGCUGGGUCGCCUUCGUCGCGUGGUCCUUCAGCUUCUACCCGCAGGUCCUCCUCAACUACAAGCGCAAGAGUGUCGUGGGCUUGAAUUUUGAUUUUCUGGUGUUGAACUUGACAAAGCAUUCAUCCUACCUCAUAUACAAUGCAGCUCUAUUCUUCAGCCCGUUCAUCCAGCAACAGUAUCAUGACAAAUAUGGUGACAAAGAGAUGAUUCCUGUUGCUGCAAAUGAUGUUGCUUUUUCACUACAUGCUGUAGCAUUGACAGCCUUUACCGUUUUUCAAGUAUUCAUAUAUGAGCGAGGAACACAGAAAGUCUCCAAAGUUUGCAUAUCAAUUUCUGCUAUCGUCUGGACUGCCGCUCUUGUUUGCCUCAUUAUUGCUUGGCCAAAAAGUGACUGGCUUUGGCUUAUUGAUGUACUCAAUUCAAUACAAGUUGGCAUGACAGCAAUCAAGUACAUUCCUCAGGCCAUCAUGAAUUUCAGGCGGAAGAGUACAAUUGGUUGGAGCGUUGGCAAUAUUUUACUUGAUCUCACAGGAGGCGUGCUGAACUUUUGUCAGAUGGGUGUUCAAUCUAUAGAUCAACAUACGUUAGUAAAUUUCUAUGGGAACAUUGGGAAAACCCUUCUUUCAUUGGAGACGGUUUUCUUUGAUGUCGUGUUCAUUAUCCAACACUAUGUGCUGUACCCUGUCACAAAGGACGAUCAUGACGAUCUCCCUGUUCUUCCCAUUGAAGUAAAACAUGUUGCCGCCCAAUAAAAUUCCAAACGAAGGAGGUGGAACUCGCUUGGUCUCAAAGAACACACCAUAAUCGUCUUAGUUAUAGCAGACCAAUAUGGAAGAGGCGUGGUGUGAACUAAGGUUCAUCUCAAAAUGAGGGAGAGGAUAUCUGUUUCCAGCCUAAAAAGGAGAAGAUAUUAUGCCCAAGAAUAGUUUCCAAUGUUCUUAGCAUACCGUUGGCGUUUCAUUGAUUAUAUUUCAGAUCGUUCAGCUAUUCAGUGGUAUAUAAGAUUUAUCCAUGAAAAAAGGAGCACCACACAAUAAUGGGGCAACAACUUUGAAAUCUCUGUACUCUUAUAUGUAUUCUCUCAUUCCAAAUUAUAAGAUGUUUUACCUUUUCUAGAUAUACUAGGUGAUUGCCCAUACACUGCCACGAGAACAAUAAAAGUUUACUGUUGUUCAAGCA